AUGAGGCUCUGGCAGACCUUCGAUGCCAAUGCCGACGGUGGCAUCUCACGAGAGGAGUUCAGAAAGCAGUUGGCCAAGGUGCAGGCGACGACGUCCACGACGUCAGCUGCAGCGCCAAGCGUCAAAGCAUGCAACGUCUCUGAAGAGAUUUGCUCGAUGGUGGCAGCGAUGCUGCGGCGCGAGGGGAAGACGCAGGACCAGCUCUUUGAUGCAUUGGCCAAUGGCCAGACGGAAGUGGCCUGGUCCGACUUCCGGGCGCUCUUCGCCCAGCUGGAGCCGCACCUGUCGGCAGAGCAGCUGGAGGAGUUGUGGCGUCACUUCGACAAGAACAACGAUGGCGGGGUCUCUCGGGAGGAGUUCCGGCGAGCACUGGGCGCGGUGAGCACCGCUGCCGAAGAUGUGGCGCAGGACGUGUGUUCCCGAGUCAUGGCCGCUUUGGCCCGCGAAGGGAAGUCGGUCUCGGAGCUCUUCGAUGCACUGUCAGCCUCCAGGAGCACGGUGCAGUGGAAGGACUUCGUGGAUUUCUUUCAGGCCUUGGAGCCAAAGCUGACUCGUCCACAGCUGGAGAUGCUUUGGAGAACCUUUGACAAGGACGGUGAUGGCAGUGUCACCAGGGAGGAGUUCCAGCGAGCCUUGCAAUCUGGGUCAGUGAAGACUGAAGAGAAGAAGGCACCCCAGAUCUGCGUGCAGCUUGCGUCGGUCCUCUUCCACCAGGGACAAACGGUGAUGCAGCUCUUCCAAUCGCUGGCCGGCAGCCAGGGCCUGGUGCAUUGGAAUGACUUCCGAGCAUUGUUUGUGCAGCUCGAGCCCUCCUUGUCAGCAAGCGAAUUGGAAUCUUUGUGGAAGGAAUUCGACAAGGACGGUGAUGGCAGCAUCACCAAGGAAGAGUUCUUCGCGGCCAUGGAGCCAGCUGUGCGCCUGGUGGUGGCCAAGCAGUCUGAGGUCAUUGCACGCCUUGCGCUGGCGCUGCAGCGACAAGGCCAAAGUGUGGAUCAACUCUUCAAUGCUUUGGCGACAGAGCAGGGCGUCGUCUCCUGGCCGGACUUCCGAUCGCUCUUCCAGCAGUGGGAGCCAUCUUUGGGAGAAGAGGAUCUUCAUGGUCUUUGGCGCAGCUUUGACAAGGAUGGAGACGGCAGCGUCACGAGAGAAGAGUUCGUGAAGGCUUUGGCACCGUCGAUGGAAGCUGCCCAGGCUCAUACAGACGAGGUGUGCAAGAGGGUGGCGUCGAUGCUCUUCCAGAACGGCCGCACCGUGAACCAGCUCUUUGAUGCUCUUGCAGCUGGUAAGGAGCAGGUGGCCUUCGAUGACUUCCGAAGCCUUUUCCAACAGCUGGAGCCAUCUUUGAGCUUGCCUGACUUGCAAGCACUCUGGCGAUGCUUCGACAAAGAUGGUGAUGGAGGUGUGACUCGUCAGGAGUUCUUGAAGGCCAUGGAGCCGUCCGCGAAGUUGGUGGUCCAGCGGGUCUCAGAAGUUUGCGCUCAAGUGGGGCAUCUGCUGCAGCGCGAAGGCACCACCGUUGAUCAGCUCUUCGAUUCCUUGGCCGACCAUCAGGUCCUUCACUGGGAAGCCUUUGCUGCCUUCUUCCAAGGCAUCUCGUCUUCGCUUUCAGAGCAAGAUUUGCAUGGUCUUUGGCAUAGCUUCGACAAGGAUGGUGAUGGCACCGUGUCACGAGAAGAGUUCGUCAAGGCUUUGGCCCCGUCCAUGCCUGCCAUUGUGCCCUGCCCCGACACAGCGCUGGCCAACGCCCUGUGGCAGGCCAUCGCUGAGGUGGCAACACUACGCGCUGGCAGUGUGCCCAGAGGGAGUGCCGCGCUGCGGAAUUCCAUCCGGGUCCAGCUCGAAGCUUUUGACCUCACGCGCACUGGAUUCAUGGAUCCCAGGACCUUCAGCCAGGCCAUGCGUGCCUAUAGUCCUGCGCUGCCAGAUCCUGUGGUCGAGGUCCUGCGAGGGCAAGUCUGCCAAGAGGAUGGCUUGGUGCCGGUGGAUCGACUUGUCGAUAAGAUCCUCCAGCCACCGGAGCUUCCUCGUCGGGGCUCAGUCGCACCUCCAAAGCCGCCAGAGGAGGAGGCCGGCGGUGCUCUUUGGAGCGCCUUCCGAAGGAUCCGCCCGGCCCUGCACGAGCGAAGCUUGAAAUUGGCCACGGUCUUCCAGCGUAGCUCCGGAUUUCCGGCCUUGGCACUCUGCGUGCUGUGCGCCGUGCUGUGCGGCGCGCGUUUGGCUUUCAUCCCAGAGGUGAGACCAAGUGCAGCCGCAGCAAGCACAGCUGCAGGCAUUGCCACCCUCUCUGCAUGGCCGGCCUGGGCCGUUACUGAAGGCUUUGAGGACGUGGGUGGGUCAACUAAUGGCCUGAAUCUCUCCAAGUUGCAAGUCCGUUGCAUCGCGUCGGCGGGUCGCGGCGUCGUGACGCUGGCGCCGCUCCGCGCCGGCGAGCUGCUCGUGGCGGAAGCAGCGCUGCGGGUGGCUCCAGAAGACCGCUUGGCAGAAGAGUUGCAAGAGCAGCCUUUGGAUGAGAUUGAUUGGCAACGACUCGACUUGAUGUGCGAUGACAGUGAGCUGGAGGAGUUCUCGAAGCCGGUGCCACUUCAUAGCUGGCCAGGUGGAUUCGGCCGGCCGAGAUCAAAGAUCUCUUUGGCGAAGAUGCGUCGAAAAGUGGACCUCAAUGCAUAUCGAUGCUCUCCGCCCGUCAGCGAAUAUGCUUUCACCGAUGAUGGCCAGUCCAACGCAUCCAAGGCUCGAUCUGAGGCCUAUGGGGUCUUCCCCUUGGCAUCACUCUUCAAUCACAGUUGUGCACCGAAUAUGUCCAAAGUCUUGCUGGGCAAGUGGGUGUUUCUCCGCGCAGCUCGGGAGAUUCCACCAGGGGAGGAGCUCACACAAUUCUACUGCGAUAUCCGAAUGCCCGUGGAGAUGCGGCAGAAGGAGCUCUCGGAUUUGUUUGGAUUUUCUUGCAACUGCCCACGAUGUCGCUUUGAACUCCUUUUGGACACUGAGAGUGAAGAAUUUCAGCCCUGGAAACGUCUCUACAGCUGUGCAGUUCCCUUGCUUCAGCAGCGCUUCUCCUCGGAGUUGGAAGGCCUCAUCGCCGACGCGGAGCGCUGUGCGCGCCGUGCGCUGGCCGAACGCUUCAUCGAAGUCACCGAGACAAAUGACAAAGAGCAUGAAGAGAUCCACGAGUCUUGGGCUCUGUGGCCUUUAGUGCCUGCCUUUCAACAGCUCGCUGCACGCUUGCGCUUGGAUGGUCGCUUUGAGGAGAGCUUGGCACUGUGGAGGCGAUCGGAGCGCUUGGUCAAGUCUGUGGUUCCCUUGUCCAACAUCCAUUUGCGCGUUCACUCAGAGAUGCUUUUGACCAGCGAAGCAGAUGCCGAUCUGCGGGAGAACUUGAGCCUUGUGGCCUCAGCCUUUGGUCCCGGCAUAGAGGUCUGGCAAAAGCUCGUGGGAUUUCGAAUGCCACGGCUUUCGAAGAAGGUCAUGGAUACAUCUCCAAAGCCAGACCUUUGUCCCAUCCAUUACGAAUGGGAGGAGACAGAGCAGAACUGGCUUUUAGUUGCUUGGUCGGCGGCGUUUCAACACGCUCAAGACAUUUUUCUCGAUGCUUCCGCAGACGUCCUACUCUUCAACGCACCGAACGCGGUGGAGACGAAGGUCACCACCUUUGGGGCGUCCAUGUUUCUGAGUCCACCAAAGGACUACAACCAGUUGUCGGUGAAGGCCGCCAAGGAGAUCCCCGCACCCGGCAGCUCCAACGGGCCCUCUGAGGCCGUCUCCGUCAUAGGUGGUGCUGGGCUCAUCAUUGUGCUGGCACUGUUUGUCUUCGGUGUUGGCAUCGUGGUGCCCACGAAGGGAAGGCUUUGUGGGCUGAGAAAUGAGCCAACAGACCACUUCACUACGCAAGCACUCUUCAAUGCGAUGAGCCAAAACCCGGAUCUCGGGGCCGCAUUGGAGGCCUCGGAAGAUGCGGAGAAGCACGCCGAGACUCAGCGUCCCGAGCGUCCCGCCUCGCCGACGUCACCGACCUCGCCGAUCUCGCCCACGUCCAACAAGACCAAGGACGGGGCUGUGGCAGGGAAGAGCGUUACAGAGGAAGAAAUCGAACGAUGCAUCGCAGAGGCAGACAAGAACGGGAAUGGAAUCAUUGAAUACAACGAGUUCAUCGAAUGGCUGCAGCAGCCCUGUGGUACAGUGCGAUUGGGAAGUCACGGUUUAGAGUACUUCGACCUGGAGGCUUGUGUCCGCCCUUUGUAUGACGUCUACGACCAAGAUGGAGAUGGCCUGGUUUCGAUGGAAGAGUUCAUCGGAUGCCAAUCGAUCUUGCAGAACUCUCUUGGGCUCAAAAGCAAGGUUUCACUGGAGGAACAGUUUAAGAAGGAGUUCGGGAGGCCAGGGACCACAAGCGUGCCGCUUCUCGAGAGCGAGCCAAAGAAGACCUUCCUGAUGGUCGAUUCGGACAAGAGCCGGAGCAUCAGUUUCAAGGAGUUCCUGGAGUGGCAACGGAAGCAGCUGAUCGCUGCUCGAACCCCGAGCAAAGAGCUGGAAGAGUUGCUGCCAGCACUGGCCAGACAGCUGAAGCGCGUCUUCAAGUUUGAAGAAGAGGAGGAGAUGAAUGCAUGCGAUGGCCGAGUGUUGCAGCGGAUUGUCGACAAUUUGGCCAAGUUCUGCAUCGAGAUUUGGUCAGAAAAAGAGGGAGCCAAGCAGAAGGCGAAGCCCAUGCUGGCCUUGACCGGAAAGGCGCGGCAUUACACGAAUCGCUGGUCGGAGCCGCCCGUGGGGCUUAACACCAAGAAGCUCAAGGCCAAGUACCUGGCCACUGAGUCGUGUAUGACCAGCGGCCGACUCUCCGAGAACAUGGACCUGGAUCUGAUGGUGAUACCAGAAGUGCUAGACGGUGACGAUGAGAAUCCGCGCAACCGUGUUUGGCUCGGCCAAAUCAUCCAGAAGGUGACCAUGCGCGACGGUAAAGUCCGAUCGGAUGAGCCAGUGUACUAUGAAUUCAUUUCCUUGUCCUGGAGCAAGACAGCGGACGCGGUCUUCAAGUUCCAUCGGUCCUACGACGCAAUGCCACCAGAGCUCCGGUUUUUCUCCUUGCUCAAGGCCGAAGCUGACUUCGGAAACAAGCUGACCUGGUCACAGAUCCAGCGGGUCUUUGCUAGGUGCAAAAGCCACGGGAUCCUCACCGCUGCGCAGCAUGCAGAGUACAACAAUGCGAUGGAGCUCCGGGUGCACAAGGCCUUGAAGGAAGAGGAGAGCUUCCUGGGGCACGACGUCUUCUUGUGCAUCGGGAUGGGGGGACCAAGCACUGACUCAGAUUGA